GAGAGACAGCUAGAAGAGAGAGUAUAGGAAGAGGGUAUUUAUAGAGAAAUGGGGCCUCACUUUACCCUUUUUUGGAGAGAGAAUCAUUAAGGAUCUGCGCCAGGUGUCCCAGUUUCAUGAUUUGAGCUUUGCAGGCAGAACCAGCAGAACUACCAGAGAUGCAGAGUCAACCCAGAGACGACAAAUCUCGGGCGCUGCAUGCGAUGACGCUCUUUUUUUAGGUGGCAAUGCUGUGCAUGCCAUGGCAUGACGGGGGACAUUGUAAAGGCGGAUCUCCUGAAGUGGUGAGGAGGAUCUCAAUUCAACGGCGACGGUGAAGACAACUUGGAAUUGACAUUUUGUCCCAGGGCAUCAUAAUAUUUGACACUUGUUGAAUUACGACAAAAUGAAGAAAUUCCUGCAGAAUAAGAAAGGGAGAUAUUCCUUACGACAGAACAAGCCAGGCCCUCGCUACCCACCCAAAGAUUUUUUUCUCACCAUGCCAGCAUCCAACCAGUGCUGGCCAGAGGAGUUUGGCUUUCAGAUAGGGGGGAAUGGACCCAGCUACAUCCUAACUGUGGAGGAGGGAAGUAGUGCUCACCUGUCUGGGCUUCAACCUGGAGACCAGGUGUUGGAGAUCGAGGGCCAGAAUGUUUCCAGCCUUAGUGCUCAAGAGGUCAUCGCCCUGGCGCAGUCACAAAAAAACAUCCCACCGAGUAUUGGAGUCGUCUCACGCAUCGAACAGAUGGAUAUCACACCAGGCCCUGACGGUCGUUUCGGAUUCACUAUAGUGGGAGACUGCCCCCUGCUGGUAGAGGAUUGCUCACCCUGCUCUCCAGCUGGUCGUAGUGGUCUCAGGGCUGGAGAUUAUGUCAUGGAGGUUAAUGGGAUCCCGGUGAAGCACCAUGAGAUGGCUGCGGCUUUGAUUAAAGCCUCUCAGGGCCGAACGCUGCGUCUUGGGGUGUUGUGUAUGGGACGUCAGAAGCGCAGUAGUGGCAGUCUGGAGGACCCCCAGAAAGGGAUAGAUGGUAUGCGUCAGGAUCGCAAACACAAGGCCCUGGAGUUCAACAGAAAGGUUGAGGAGAUUUUAAGGAACGAGCCAGAGGUGAAGGAGAAGUUGUUUGCUGUAUUAAAACAUUUCGCUGCUGAGAGGAAGGUGGAUUGGCUCGCGUCCGUUCUCCCUGACAUUUUGACAACCGAAGAGCAGCAACAGCUCAUCUCAAACAUCAGGAUCUUCAUUCCCAAGAAGCACCGCCAACGUUUUGAUGAGGCCGUGUCUCAGAGUCUCCUGAACCGUGUGUGUCGCAGCAAAAGCCUGACUGAGCCCCAAAACAGGCUCCGUCGUAGCCGGAGUCAGGACCACCAUGAGCGACCGCAGGGAUCCAAACGUGCCAGCUCGGUCCCCAGAGACACAGGCGAUGACCCGGCCCAACCCGAGCGUGGCCUUAGGAAGAGCAACACCAUGGUCCCUAGCCACUACGCCACUGGAGGCAACCAGAGAACCAUCCGUGUGUACAGGGGUAAAAAGAGUUUCGGAUUUACUCUGAGAGGCCACGCCCCUGUGUGGAUCGACUCAGUAAUAGCAGGUAGUCCAGCCGAGGCCUGCGGCCUUAAACCAGGAGACCGGAUAUUAUUCCUAAAUGGACUCGACAUGAGGAACUGCUCCCAUGAGAAGGUGGUGUCCAUGCUGCAGGGCAGUGGUGCCAUGCCCACUAUAGUUGUGGAGGAGGGUCCAGUAGAUUUUCCACUGUCCGACUCAGAGCCAGAAGACACACCUACAGUCCCACGUUCACGCUCUCCGGCUCUCAGCUCACUGCAGUGGGUGGCUGAGAUCUUGCCCCCCAGCAUCCGGGUACAUGGCCGUACCUUCAGCCAACAACUUGAACACCUGCUUACCCUGCAAGAAAGAUAUGCCAUCUGCAAAGCCCUGGAGACCUUCUUCCAGCACAGGAAUGUGGACACACUCAUUGUGGAUGUUUUUCCUGUGCUGGACACUCCAGCCAAACAGCUGAUCUGGCAGUUCAUAUAUCAGUUGCUGACCUACGAGGAGCAGGAACACUGCAAGAACAAGAUCGCCCGCUUCCUGGGUUUCAAAAGCGCAGAACCAGAACUCGGGCCAGAAACCCACAGACGCAGUAGCUCCAUGCGAGUGUCGAGUUCCUCUCACAAAAACAAUGUGAGGGAGAGAAGUUCAGAUGACUGCAUCAUCGGCACUCACCUCGGGAUGGGAACAUUCACUGACCCUGUGACUCCUGAGGAAAGACAAUGUGGGGAUGGCACUUCCUUCCCAGAAUCCCCAGAUCUCAGCCACAUGUCAGGAAUGUACACGGAGCUUGGGAACGUGUACGUCGGGAAGAACGACAGCACUCUCCAGAGUCACUCGUCACCCAGGGCUGUCGGCAUGAGCCACACCGAGAACAAUACAUACACGCAGUCCUAUACACACAGUAACACAGGGAACCGUAAAUCUGGCCUCUCUCUGACUUGGACUGAAUCCUUUCCAGGCCCUCAAUUUGAGUCUUACCAGCAGAUUGUUCGUUCUCCGGGCAGUGUCGAGUCUAAUCCUUAUGUUAGUUUGGACAGCCCCCCUCCCUCCCCUCUGCCUUCUGACGAGCCUCCCAGCCCUCAUCCUCACCGCAGGAAGCUCUUCACCUUCUCACGUCCACCUCGCAGCCGAGAUACAGACAAGUUCUUGGAUGCCUUGAGCGAGCAGCUGGGUCACCGUGUCAAUAUCGUGGAAGACAUUAAAGGAGGAGAGAACGACUAUGAGGAGAUGAGUUUCCAAGAUGAACAGGAGGUCAACAUGCUUCCUCAUGAACUGAGCAGUGCCAGCAGUGAAGACCACAGCAGCAGUGACGACUCCACCUCAGUCUCUUACUCAUCAGGUUCUGACCACAUCCCCCCUCCCCCACAUAGCCCGCCCCCUCCGCCUCCUCCCCUCCAAUUCACAGACCCUCCCUCGCCCAUUCCCAUCACCCCGGAACACCUACCCCAGCCUCCGCCAGCCUUCCAGCACCACCCCAUAAUAGCCCCGCCCCCACCACCGCCACGCUCCUUUCUCAUCAACCGUCCCUCCAUACACAAGGUCCUUACAACCAGCGAAGAUCCCAGAUCCCAACAUACCCAUCCUCGACGCUCGUCUCCUCAGCCCAGCACUCAGCUGGUUCUCCAGUUGCACCAACCAAAAGCUCAUCCCAUCCUGCAGUCCACCCCACACACCGCUCAUCAACCUCCACAAACAAAAACGCAGCACACACACCUCCGACAUCACACCCAGUCCAUCUACCAGAGCCAGCAGACCUCUGCUGCCAGAACUUCCCCCAGCCAGCCCAAACAACAGAGCCAUCAUUCCAAACCUUCGUAUGAAAGCACACUGUCGAGCAAGGUACCCCCACCACCCCCACCUCCUCUACCACCACCUUGCGAUCCUCCACCUUUACCCAAACCCAGCCCGAAAGCAUCUGACAACAAUCACAUGAGCGUGAAGAGAUUACGCUGGGAGCAGGUGGAGAACUCUGAAGGAACUAUCUGGGGACAGCUGGGAGACGAUCCUGAUUAUCAUAAACUGAGUGACAUGGUGAAGUAUCUGGAUCUGGAUCUGUACUUUGGCACGCAGAGGAAUUCCAUCUCUCUUCCAGAGCCCGCGUUCCUGCCCGAGAACUUUAAAAAGAAAGACGUGGUAGAGAUUCUCUCCCAUAAAAAGGCCUACAACGCCUCUAUCCUCAUUGCGCACCUGAAGCUGUCGCCGAAUGAACUGCGAGAAAUUCUCAUGACCAUGAGCACCGAGCGCCUGGAACCCUCGCACAUCAAACAACUGCUGCUGUAUGCACCCGAUGACGAGGAGGUCAAACAGUUUCAACACUACGACCAAGACCCAUCCAAGCUCAGUGAACCUGACCAGUUUGUCCUACAGAUGCUACAUGUACCGGAGUAUAAGACCAGACUCAGGAGUCUUCUCUUCAAGACCACUGUCCAGGAGAAAACAGAAGAAAUGAGAGCUGCUUAUGAGUGCAUCUACAAAGCCUCUUUAGAGCUCAAAAACAGCAAGAGGCUGGCCAAGAUCCUGGAGUUUGUUUUAGCUAUGGGAAAUUAUCUGAAUAAUGGUCAGCCAAAAACGAGUAAAACAACGGGGUUCAAAAUAAAUUUUCUUACCGAGCUAAACACAACAAAAACAGUUGAUGGAAAGUCAACCUUCCUCCACAUUCUUGCCAAAUCACUAUGCCAACAUUUCCCAGAACUCCUCAGCUUCGCCAUGGACCUCGUAACAGUGCCACAAGCUGCCAAAGUUAAUCAGAGGACCAUUACUGCUGAUCUCAGUGACCUUCACUCCACCAUCCAAGAAAUAAGAACUGCCUGUUUAAAAAUCCCAGCAACUGCAGAGGACCAUUUUGCGACAGUUAUGAGUAGCUUUCUAGAGAACUGUCAUCCAUCUGUGCAGUCACUGGACUCCCUGCAGCAAAGAGCUAUGGAUGAGUUUAAUAAGGUGGCAUCUUACUUUGGAGAAGACAGUAAGGCCACAAGCACUGAAGGCUUUUUUGGAAUCUUUGCCGAAUUUAUCUCCAAAUUUGAGAGAGCACUCAAUGAAAUACAGGGAACAGAAAACCCUAGAAGCCCUCGGAUAGCCUCACCGCUGGCAUGGUAAAACCAGGUUUCUAUAACCAAUACUGCCCAUGUGCCAAAUUAAAGAAAACUUGAUAGCGUGAAGGGAAACGGACUUAGAUGGAUUUAAAAAUAUAUUUAGAAUAAAGAUUAUAUAUAUACAUUAUAUAUAAAAAAGUAUUUUAAAGGGACACUUCACCCAAAAAUAAAAAUUCUAUCAUCAUUUACUCACCCACAAGUUCCAUACCUGUAUCAUUUCUUCUAGUCUGUCUGGUUAGUGGCUAAACUGAUCUCUAAAACAAAUACUUUGGCAAAAAUAAAAUGUUUUGGUUUGCUAAAGACGAGGGGAGACGCCAAGCACUGAUCACAACUGUGUGGAGAGGUUUGGCAUCCAGACCAAAUUUCAAGGACCUGGAGCUAACAUUGUAUACAUUAAUUUUACACAGUAACUGAUAGUUGAUAUGUGUUAGAUAUAUGAACGAAGGUAAUUGACUCAUUUAUUCCCAUUGUUAUCAGAAAUAAACUACUGUAAAAGGAAUCUUUUGUUAUUGAUUCUAAGUGAAAAUCUACCAGAUGUUGUGUUUGGUCCGUUUGUUUAUGUUGUUGCUGCUGAAACCGUAUGUAGAAGUCUAUGGUGCCCCAGAUCUGCUUAGUUACAAAUAUCAAAAUAUCUUCAUUUGUGGAACAAAGAAAUUAAUACAGGCAUGGAACAACGUGAGGUUAAGUAAAUAACGACCAAAUUUUCAUUUUUGGGUGUCCCUUUAAUUUAAUUUAACUAUCCCUUUAAUAUAGCUUAUUUAUUGUAGAGUUUUGAGAAUAUAACAGAAAGAUAUAUACAUAUAUAUAUAUAUAUAUAUAUAAUGGUAUUUUUGAUGGUUUAUUUUAGUAUUAUUGUUCAGGAAUGAUCUAUUAGGCUCUGCUGGUAAACAAACAUUGGCCAGAGGAACUUUAUAACUGCACAAACAAGGUGAAUGUAUGUUAAACUAUCUCAUCCUCAUGCCAAAUGUAUUUAAAGUAAAAAACAACAACAAACAUGUUACUUCACAGUAUUUUUUCAUUGAACACACCCUAGUACCUAGGACAAGAAAACUGCAUCCUUUAUUUGUGUUUUUUCUCAUUCAGAACUCAUUAAUGGACUAUUGGUUACACCUCGCAUGAGUAUCAUGAAAUUGGUUGUCAACUGUGAUUUAUCUCGCUAUGGGGAUUUUAAGUUGUUCUGAAUGUCACAUUGUUAAAUGGCAGGAUGACAGAUGUUAAAUCCUCUUGUUGUGUACGGGUUAACAUGAUUACAGGUAUGUAGCUUGUCUGACCUUUAGGUUUGCUAUUCAUGCAUUUCUUUCUGUCUCUGUUCUUAACAAAUGCAUGAAUUUUUCUUAUUGCCCGUCUUUGUGUCAAAACAACAUUUAUGUGAAUUUUUCUGAACCUCCAUGAUUUAUAAAUAGAUAUCAAAGACAUCUUUGAGGAGAACUUUUAAAUUUACAUUUGCAUGUAGCAGAAUGUUCUGUUUUAAUUGUUUAUGUAUCCUUUUGUUAUAUUAUACUGCAGUUGUACCAAAUUAAUUAGCUGUUAUUUAAUAUAUUUGCGUACAAUUUGUUGGCGUCCUAGCCUAGCGUUUUCCUGAGCGGUCCUAUAUUGGCUUCAGUAUUAAUGGGCCACAUAUUGCUGCAUUUCAAUGAGAUGUCUAAUUUGUUUUGCCUGAAUAAACAAGCUUUUGCGAA